AUGAAGAUGCUCACGAAAUUCGAGUCAAAGUCCACCAGGGCAAAAGGGCUGGCAUUCCACCCAUCCAGACCUUGGGUUUUGGUGGCACUUUUCUCGUCAUCCAUUCAAUUGUGGGACUAUCGCAUGGGUACUCUAUUACACAAGUUUGAGGACCACGAAGGUCCUGUUAGAGGAAUUGACUUUCACCCCACACAACCUCUUUUCGUGUCUGCCGGUGACGACUACACCAUCAAGGUAUGGUCAUUAGAUACCAAGAAGUGCUUGUUCACCCUGAAUGGCCACUUGGACUACGUCAGAACCGUUUUCUUCCAUCGCGAGCUGCCAUGGAUAAUCUCUGCUUCAGACGAUAAUACCAUCCGUAUUUGGAACUGGCAAAACCGUAAGGAAAUUGCGUGUUUAGCAGGACACAGCCAUUUCGUAAUGUGCGCAGAUUUCCAUCCUAAAGAAGACUUAGUAGUUUCUGCAUCUUUAGAUGAAACCGUGAGAGUGUGGGAUAUUUCAGGACUACGUAAGAGACAUUCGGCACCGAGCUCGUUCUCUUUAGAAGAACAAAUGAUUUCUCAACAAAAUCUGCUGGAAGGCGGUUUUGGCGACUGCGUGGUUAAAUUUAUUCUCGAAGGUCACUCCAGAGGUGUUAACUGGGCCAGUUUUCACCCAACACUGCCCUUGAUCGUUUCAGGUGGCGAUGAUCGCCAGGUCAAACUCUGGAGAAUGAGUUCCACCAAGGCUUGGGAAGUUGACACUUGCAGAGGCCACACUAACAACGUCGACAGCGUAAUCUUCCAUCCCCACCAGAACCUCAUCAUUUCUGUUGGCGAAGACAAAACUAUUCGCGUCUGGGACUUAGACAAAAGAACUCCGGUAAAGCAAUUUAAAAGAGAACACGAUCGCUUCUGGUUGGUAAGAGCUCAUCCUCACAUCAACCUCUUCGGGGCUGCUCACGACUCAGGAAUCAUGGUUUUCAAACUUGACCGCGAGAGACCUUGUAGCGUCAUCAAUCAGAAUCAAUUGAUUUUUGUCAACAAAGAAAAGCAGGUGCAAACUUUUGACUAUCAAAAGAAAAUCUCAUCUCUGCCCUAUGCAUCUUUGAAGAAGAUUGGUCACACUUGGAAUGCGUUCAAAAGCAUAUCCUAUAGUCCAUCACAACACUCGGUCCUGGUCAACUGUUCAGACAACCAAAGCGAGAAGUUUGCUCUCUGCGUUUUACCCAAGCAGCCUACGGGUGCUGUGGAGCCAACUUCCGUUCUGGAAGAUACUGGAUCUUUCCCAACUUUUGUUGCCCGCAACAGAUUUGUCGUCUACAACAGUGCCAGUUCAUCUUUGGAAGUCCGCGGUUUGGAUAACAAGAUUACUAAAACAAUCAAGAUUGAAAAUGAUAGUCCCGUCAAAGAUCUUGUCUAUGCCGGUCCUGGAUCAGUUUUGGUAUUGAAGUCAAAAUCAGUUCUCUUCUUCGAUGUCCAGCAGACCAGGAAGGUAGCCGAGAUUACCCUCAAAAAUGUAAAGUAUGUGAGCUGGUCUCUCGACGGUCAAUACAUCGCCCUUAUGAGCAAGCAUACGAUAACGAUCGUGACGAAAAACCUUGAAGUUAUCACAUCGAUGCAUGAAACUAUCCGUAUCAAGAGUGCCGCUUGGGAUGAAAGCGGUGUUUUGAUUUAUUCUACGUUGAACCACAUCAAGUAUACUCUCUUGAAUGGGGACAACGGAAUAAUAAAAACUCUAGACAAUACCCUUUACAUCAACAAAGUUCAUGGAAAAUUUGUUUAUGCCUUGAAUCGUGAAGGUGAGGUGGAAAUUGUUACGAUCGAUUCUACUGAAUACCGCUUCAAGAAGGCUCUCGUCAAUAAAAACUUCCCAGAGGUUCUGCGCAUUAUUCAAAACUCCAACUUGGUUGGUCAGAAUAUCAUCUCUUACUUGCAAAAAGCUGGUUUUCCCGAUAUUGCUCUUCAGUUCGUACAGGAGCCACAAACAAGAUUCGAUCUUGCUCUUGAGUAUGGUGACUUGGCUAUUGCGCAAGAGGAAGCCCAGAAGCUUGAUAACAGCACUACCUGGGAGCAGCUCGGUCAAGCUGCCUUGGAUCAAGGUAAAAUUGAACUCGUAGAGCAGGUUUACCAAACUCAAAAAAGCUUCGACAAGCUUUCGUUUUUGUAUUUGAUAACGGGUGACUUGACCAAGCUAUCCAAGAUGGAAAGUAUUGCUGAGCACAGAGGAGACAUCUCCAGUGUUAUCCUUAAUACCAUCUACAACAAAUCUAAUGAAAAGAGAGGGCAGGUUUUCGCUGAAGCGGGCUCGCUACCGCUAGCUUACGCUAUUGCCAAGGCAAACAACCAGGAUGACAAAGCCGCUCAAAUUCUAGAGACUGCUGGUAUCAGCGAAGAGGAUGUGGCUCUGCCUGAGCAAUUAUCUUCAACAACUCACUACCAGUCUCCAUUGAUUUCAGAGCCUGUAAAGGAAUGGCCUUUGGAGAAAGCAGAACCUUCGUUUUUCGAAAAAGCUCUCGCUGGUGGUAUAGAAGACUUGGACCUGCAGGACGAAGCUGAGGACGAAGAAGUCCAAUCCAAUGGUAACGCAUUUGCAGCCGAGCAAAGUGCCUUCUCAGACGAAGAAGUUGUUGCACAAGAUGACGGAGGUUGGGACAUGGAUGAAGAAGAUUUGGGUCUCGAGGUAGAUGAACCAGAGACCGAAGCCAAGGAGCAGCAAGCAACAAUUGCUCCAAGCGACGACAAUGAGAUCACACAAUGGACAAAGAAUUCGAAACUGCCUUACGUUUUGAUCGCUGCCGGUGCAUUUGAAGCAGCAGCGCAGGCGUUGAACAAACAAGCAGGCUUGGUCAAUUUCGAGCCUCUAAGACCUCGCUUCCAUGAGAUUUACGGAAGUUGCAGAACCUACAUGUCUGCAACGCCCAAAGACCUUCCAAGCAUUACCGGUUUGAUUCGUUCUAACAGCGAGGUGAACGCGGCGGAAAAACUACUGCCGUUCAUUGCUGGAAUUGAGGUGGUUACCACCAAGAUGAACGAGGGAUUCAAACUUUUCAAGGCUAACAAACUGGAGCUAGCCAAGGAGGUUUUCCGCGACGUUAUUUACACCAUCACGCUGCUGGCUGUAGACAACAAAGAAGAUGAGACGCUUGCGUUCAAGACUUUGGAUAAGGCCCGCGAAUACAUUCUUGGUAUUUCGAUAGAGCUGGCAAGACGCUCGCUACCCGCUGAUGACGUCAAACGCAACCUAGAACUGGCAUCCUAUUUCACCACCGCCAAGCUGCUACCGCAGCAUAAGAGUACCGCUCUGCAGGUUGCUAUGUCCCAGUCCUUCAAGCACAAGAACUUUAUCCAGGCUUCCUACUUCGCAGGCGAAUUCCUCAACAUCGUGUCGACGGGUCCCCGUGCCGAACAAGCGCAGAAGGUGAAGGACAGAGCCGAUCUGAUGGCCAACGAUGCUAUCGAGGUUAAUUUCGAUCCUUACGCAGAGUUCAGUAUUUGCGCUUCCACUUUCACCCCGAUUUACAAAGAUACCCCAGCCGUGACUGAUCCCUUGACUGGCGCCAAGUACCACUCCUCUGAGAAGGGCAAGUUGGAUGUCAUAGCCUCCGUAUCAAAGAUCGGGACUCCUGCUUCCGGUCUCAGAAUUCUACUUUCAUAA